AUGGAGUGCAUUUUGGCUGUUCAUCAGCAUGUUUGGCUGUUAACAGGGGUUGAGUAGGGAGCGGGUGAAGUUACAGUCCACUUCGCUGUCCAACGUUGACACUCUCGCUCGAAAGUCGGCUCGUCAUCUGGCAGGUCUAACUUGAACUCCUGGAAUAUUUCUAUCGUUACGGCAUGGGAUGACAAGACAGAGGUGAUAGCCAAUGAUCUGGGUGAUAGAACUACACCGUCUAUUGUGGCAUUUACAGAACAUGAACAGGCGGUGGGUCAGGCUGCCAAGCAGGGCAUGAUCCGGAACUUACAGAACACCGUCUGCCAUGUUAAGCAGAUUCUUGGCCGCAGAUUUGAUGAUCCUGUUGUUACACAGUAUAAACGAACUGCUAGUGCCACGGUUUUAGAUAAAAAUGGGGACCCAAUGUAUGAAGUUGACUACAAGGAGUCAAGAAAGAUGUUCACUCCAUCUCACAUUGCCGUGACCAUUUACAAGAAAAUGUUGGAGACAGCCCAGAGCCACGGAGGGUUGAGUGGGUCCCAGGACUCCGUGCUUGCUGUGCCCCCCCACUUCACAGCAGAACAAAAGAAAGCCAUCAGUUCUGCAGCAAAUCAGGCUGGUUUCAAUAUCCUGCGCCUCAUCAAUGAGCCGUCAGCAGCCGUUCUGGCCUAUGACAUUGGACAAACAGACAGCCACUACAGUGGGUGUGUGUUGGUGUUUCGGCUGGGUGGUGUAUCCGCGGAAACAUCUGUGGUGAAAGUUCACAAUGGAAUGUAUCAGUUGGUUGCUACGGUAACAGAGGUCGCCCUGGGGGGUGACAGGUGUACAGAUGCCCUUGCUAGCUUCCUUAUAGCAGAAUUUAAAAGGCAGUCACGAUGUGAUAUAUCGGACAACAAGCGAGCCCUGGCCAAGCUGCACCAUGCUGCUGAGACUUGUAAACACACCCUCUCUAAGAUGGAGAAUGCCCUCUGUGCUGUAGACUCGCUGUAUGAUGGAUUGGAUUUCAACACGAAAGUCUCAAGAGCACGGUUUGAAAGCUGUGUUACUGGCGUGAUACAGAAGUGUAGCCAGUUUAUAGAUCAGGUCCUGACUGACGCUCAUCUCACCAGAACAUCCAUAGAUAAGGUGAUACUAUGUGGGGGUGGCUGUAACAUGCCUCUUCUACAGAAAGCUGUGGCAGACAUGUUUUCUCACUGUGAUAUUCUCAACUCCAUCAAUCCUGAGGAGGUCAUUGCUAUUGGUGCUGCAAAGCAGGCUGGACUGUUGUCUGAUUUAGAGGACGAAGAUAUCAAGUUGAAUAAUGAAGACCGACAUAUUGACUGUAUAUCCAAACCAAUAUGUAUAAAGUGUUUGUCCGAGACUGGCCCUGAACUUGUGCCUGUUUUCUCAGAACUUGCUCCACUUCAUUCAAGAAAACAUUUGGAUUUCAACUUGCCGGAAAAACAGACGUCUUUCUGUCUUGAAGUCUGUGAAGGCAGCAAAGUUGAUGACGUGGUGUUAUUAGCUAAGAUUGUGAUGAAGGACCUACCUGAGGGAGCCAAGGUCAACUCAACAUUUCAUCUAAGAAGAGACGGCCAUCUACAUAUAACAUGCACAGAAUCAACCACUAAUAAAACAGAAUCUGUUACUGUUGAACCAAGCUGAAACUGAGUUGAGAACCGAUGGACUUGAACUAUUCUUGAUAAAACUCUGAAGAAUAUGACAACAUUGAUGCAAGUUUCUGUAAUAUUUAGUGCUUAAUGACAUAUUGCCAGCGCUGAAUGUCUCCAACAGAGGUUUUUACUCUGAGUUGAUAAGACUUUAAUUCUUUGUCUUGUUUUAUGCUUUUUUGUAACGACACUCAUUGUUCAUGAUAAAAAUAUAUUCUCAAAUUUGUC